AACCCAUCGUAAGUAUAAGAUUAGAUUAUUUUUUAUUUUAAUUUGACCAAAUUACUGUUUUACUGUACUUUAUUUGAAACAGAGUCCUCUGCUCUGUGAAAAGUGCUACUGUGAAUUAAAUGUACUGUACAGAAUUCCACGUUAAGCGUGACUGUCACUUUAAAUGAGGACACGUGUUUAUUUGGAACCCGGAUAUCCGUCUCAUAAUUGACACAUUCUUCAACACAAAUUUUAUAGCGCUUCACAAUGUAUUUUCACGCAUUUUAAUCAGCACAAAUACAUUUCAUAUUAAUUAAAUGAUCGUAGGGUUCAGACUACGUUGAAUUAUGCCUUUUAAUUUGUAUAUAUAGUUUGAGAAAAGGGGGAUAAAGAAAUAAACCUGGCAACACAAGCAGCCAUUUUCCGCGGCGGGAAAAUCUUAAAAAAAACACGGAAGUGGUUUGUUUUCCAGCUCGGGUACGUCCUUGUUCGCUAUAUCAGUGCUUGUUUUCCCCUUAAACUCGGAUUAAAUUCGUCUAAUGUGUCAUGUUAAACUUCCCUAAACAUGUCCCGAAGUUUAUCUAAUAGUUUAGACUAAAGCUCUCGGUUCUAUUAUGGACCGCUACAACGAGGUAAAACUCCUGUUGAAAAGCUGGGAGCAAGGUUUUGUCAAAGAGAACCAAAGGAAACCAGUCAAGGAGGACAUUGACAAAGCUUCAGAGGACACUAGGAAUUUAUACAAAGAAUACCAUCAUUUAAAACUAGCCAAAGAGAAAAGUGGCAGCAGCAGUUGUAACAAUGCAACCAGAAUUAACACCAAAUCGUCUGAAUCUGCACCUCUGAAGGACUGCUGGGGUUCUCACCUGAAUCGCAGUGUUUUACCGGCUUCUUCGCCCAGGCCCCUUAGUGCCUUGGACAGAGAUUCUCUCAAGGCUUCUGCGCAAUAUUACGGCCUCAAACUAAAAACCAACCUGGCGACACUGACUAGCAAGGAGAAACCAGUCACGUUGAAAAAAUCUGGACGUGUGCCUGUGAACUUUUUAAAAAAAGAUGCUCAAAGUGUACAGAAGAAUAACGCUGUCCCCACAUCCUUUGAUGCAGAAUCCAGCCCCUUAUCACCAAGGCGGGUGACGCCGAGCUUGGAAGUUGUGGUGUCUGAUAAGCUCCACCCGGUGGACGCUCAAGAACCUUCUGAGCUAUUUCCACCAGUUCCGGAAACGUCCAAAGAUUCUGUUAGUUCUGGUGGGACUCAGGUGCCUAUCUCCAGUGGCGAUGUAGAAAAAGACUCAGGGACUUUACAUGGAGGCCUUAGUCCUGCGAGUCGAGGAGUGCUUCAAAUUCCUGCCACCGCAGGGAAGACCUUCACCCGCCAACCGACUGAGCUUUGUGGACAGGAAGUGGCUGGAGAGGUGUCAAGUUUUUGAUGAGCUGGGAGCUGAAGAGAAGCCCGGUGCAGGAAACCAGGAGGGGUGUCGGCUAACGGAGACGGAUGUGAAACAAGGAGACAAAAAAGAUGCAAUGACAAAUAUUCCGCUGAAUGUCGCUCCACAUUCCCAGCAAAAGAAGGAAAAUUCUGAAGACACGGCGCCACCGAAAGAGGCCAGUGAGAGCCCUCCAAAGAAAAGCAAGAAGAAGAGGCAGCGGGAAGGAGGGGCAAUAGAAGAAGGGGGAGCCCAGAAGAAGAGGAGAAGAAAGAAGUACGAGGAAGGGGAUGAGAAGAUUGAGGAGAAAGCCGAAGGAGAUGGGAAGAAGAGACGCAGGAAAAAGGGAAAAGAGGAUACCGAGGUGGAGGAAGACAAAGCAACUAAGGUGCCAAAGAAGGUUCCUCAGGAGAACCUGCUUGGAGAAGUUGAAGAAGACUUUGGCACCAGGAGAUCAUAUCAAGCGCAGUCAGUCCGAGCCACGGGCUCCAAGGUUGCAGAGGGUAACUUUGUGAAGAUCAAUCUGAAAAAGAAAUCUCACGUCAAAGGAUAUGCCUUGAGAGGAAUGGCCCUGCGCAAACAAUUGUACAUGCAGAAGUUCCAGUUGAAAGGCGAACGUUUUGGUGGCGGUGGUGGGUUUUUGGGUAGAGGACGGCGUGGCGGCUUUCGUGGCGGCCAUAGCCGCCAGGGGGACACUUGCUACAAGUGCGGUGCCACAGGACACUGGGCCAUCCACUGCAAGGGACCAGCACCUCCGCCUUCUACUUGUGAGGAGCAGCCCGUUGAUGAAGAGGAGCCCUUCGAGCUACCCACCCUGGAGGAGGUUGCCAGGGCGACAGGAACUCUGCAACCUCAGGACCAAGGCGCUUGUUUCAAAGAAGAGCGAGAACCUGAGAACAACAGCAAAGACGAAGCUCUGCUCAACGUGAUCCGUCCCGACUACGAGCGUCCAACGCCUCCGCCACCCAUCGAGCCGCUUUACCGCCUCACAGACGAUGGCAAACUUCAGGCGACACCUGACGACGUCUUCGAUGCUCUCCGAGAACUUGGCUACAGCUCGUUCAGGGCGGGGCAGGAGGAAGCCAUCAUGAGGAUCCUGUCAGGUCUCUCCACCCUGGUGGUGUUGUCAACAGGGAUGGGCAAGUCGCUUUGCUAUCAGCUGCCAGCUUACUUGUAUGCCAAGCGGUCCAACUGCAUCACUUUAGUCAUCUCCCCGCUUGUCUCGCUCAUGGAUGACCAGCUCUCUGGCCUCCCAGCCAACCUGAAAGCUGCCUGCAUCCAUUCCAACAUGACAAUGAAACAACGAGAAGCUGCGAUACAAAAGGUAAAGGCAGGUCUAGUGUGUGUGCUGCUGCUCUCUCCCGAAGCACUGGUUGGCGGAGGUGCUGGCUCCAGUUCGGGAUGCCUACCCUCUGCGCAGGAGCUCCCUCCAGUGGCCUUUGCGUGCAUCGACGAAGCCCACUGCGUGUCGGAAUGGUCCCACAACUUCCGCCCGUGCUACCUAAGGCUUUGUAAGGUGUUGAGGGAGCGUCUGGGCGUGCGGUGUUUGCUUGGACUCACAGCCACGGCCACAUUGUCUACAGCUCUGGACAUCGCUCACCACCUGGACAUCCACGACCAGGACGGUAUCGCUGUCCGAUCCGCCGCCGUGCCCGCCAACCUGCACCUUUCCGUGUCCAUGGACCGGGAGAAGGAUCAGGCUCUGGUGUCCUUGUUAAAAGGCGAUCGCUUCGGAUGCCUGGACUCCGUCAUCGUUUACUGCACCAGGAGGGAGGAGACGGCUCGCGUGGCAGCGCUGCUAAGAACAUGCCUGCAGGGAGUACUCGUGAAAGAAAAUAAAGACAUCAGCAACAGCCAAACGCAAGUCAACCUAGUGGGACAAAAGAAGAAAGAACUUGCAAGGAAGAAGAUUCGUAAACCUCUCAAGUGGCAGGCCGAGUCAUAUCACGCAGGCCUCUCGGGGUCAGAACGCCGCCGAGUUCAAAACAACUUCAUGUGCGGCCAGCUGCGGAUCGUGGUGGCCACUGUGGCGUUUGGCAUGGGCCUAGACAAAUCUGACGUGCGGGGCAUCAUUCACUACAACAUGCCCAAGAGCUUUGAGAGUUACGUCCAAGAAAUCGGGAGAGCGGGAAGAGAUGGAGAACCAGCGCACUGUCACCUCUUCCUUGAGCCUGAAGGUAUGGACCUCCACGAGCUGCGACGUCACAUCUAUUCCGACACGGUGGACUACUACACGGUGAAAAGGCUGGUCCAGAAAGUAUUCCCGGCAUGCAAAUGCAAACAAAUCCACCAAAAACAAAAAGAGCUGAUCCAGGACGUCGGUGAUGCUGAGCUGUUGGAGAUGAUGGAGACGCGCGAUCAGGAAAUCGGUCACGACACAUCCACCCGACAGGAGAUGAUUCAUUCCACAGACAAUGGUCAUAGAACGGAAGAUUCGGAUGCCAACAAUGUCAGUGUGGAGGUUGUAGGUGACCAGGAAGUCGGAAGCUCUUCUGAUUGGCCCGUGGAACGAGUGUGUCACACUCAUGAGAGAGCCGUCCCCAUCCAGGAGACGGUAGAAACUCUGGACAUCACAGAAGAAGGUAUUGAGACACUGCUAUGUUAUCUGGAGCUUCAUCCUCAGCGCUUUGUAGAGCUUCUCCACCCCACACUGUCUGUGUGCAAAGUCAGCUGCUAUGAAGGCCCCAGACAGCUUCGAAAGAUCACUAAAAUCUGCCCACCCGUGGCCGUAGUGCUAGCCCGUAGGCGGAUGGCCGGUGAGCGAGUGGAGUCGUAUGACCAGCUGGAGUUUGACGUGGUGGAGGUGGCCGACACGAUGGGAUGGCAGCUCCCGUUGGUCAAGAGGGGACUCAGGCAGCUGCAGUGGAGCACCGGUAAAGCUGGCGGGCGAAGUGGCGUCCUCGUCGAGUUCUCUUCUCUGUCCUUCUACUUCCGCUCCUAUGGAGACCUGAGCGACGAGGAACUGGACAAGGUGUGCCGGUUCCUGCAUAGGCGCGUUCAGGAUCGAGAGCGGUCGCAGCUUUACCAGCUGAGCGCUUGCUUCAGGGCCUUCAAAAGCGUGUCCUUCAAAAAUGUGCUGUCCUGCAUGGACGACUUGGAUGAGGGUCGCAGUCUCCGGCUGAAGGACCUUCUGUCAGAGUACUUUGACAAGCGGCGGGAAAGAGACCUCACCCGAGAACCGAUGGAACCGGAGGAUAGCCUGGACCGGUACAAGCUCUUGGACUGGGAGAAUCAGAUCAGAGCAGACAUAAGGAGCUUCCUGUCCAUCAGAAGUGACGAGAAGUUCUCGGGCAGAGCCAUUGCCCGAAUCUUUCACGGCAUCGGAAGUCCGUGCUACCCCGCCCAAAUGUAUGGCAGAGACCGACGCUACUGGCGAAAGUACAUCCAGUUUGACUUCAACCAGCUCAUUAAGCUGGCCACUCAAGCGAUCAUUGAAUAUAAGUAAAACACACCCUGUUUAUUUAUUUAACGUCUACGUAAUUCAACGUGGUUCUUUGCAUAUGAAUAAAAGAUGUAUUUUUCUAAGAUCGCCGACUGACGCCACUGGAUUUUAUUCGGAAAAUAUCCAAAUCAAAGAACUCCUGAGAGAAGGGCAGCUAUGAUCACACAAUCCAAAGGGCAACUGCUGAGAGUGUUUGCUCACUUCAUUUACACCAACACUUGGAAUAAGGAAGAACAAUGCACACUCUGUAUCGCAGCAGGAGGAUGCUUUUGCCCUCCAUGUUUGAAGGCAAACAUUGACCUGCGUCAUAAACUCCAGAUUAGGAAUGUGGGAUUUCUUUAUUCUUAAUGUUUAUUUAAUCAACUGCUGAAGUGAGGGUGACCUCAUUACAGGACUGAACACUCCCCACUAAUUUUGCACUCAAGGUCCUGAUAACAUAGAAAGGCUCAAACAAUAUCUGCACAGGACACCAUUCGGACUUAGAAGUGCUUAAAAAAACGCAGUGAAAUGUUCGCCUCAGUCAGCAGGCCUUGGUGCAAUAUUUGGCUUUACAAGCUCAACACGCUGCUAACGUGUGCGUUGUGCAACGGUGACGUUGUCGCCACCUGUGUAGUGCACAGAGUAUACGUUUGUACUAUGCUAGGUUUGAUGAGUUGUCGCUGGACUCUGGCCCUAAUGAAGAUGUUCACAUAAGCAGGAACUGAUUAGAUGCUGAUGAUUUAAAAAAAAAAAAAAAAAAAGUAUCAUCAGCCUGUUUGAGGACAAAGUUGAAUAGACUCGAUAAUAAUUGAAAAUAUGAAUUAUUAAGCAGUUAAAAAAAAAAAAAAGAGACUAGUAAAACAGAUAAGUGAUUUGCUGGCAUAUUUAUUAUUCAAACUGCAAAUUCACAAAAUAUAUAUCACACUAGAUGUUUGACAUCCUGAAAAUGUUUUGGUGAGCCAAAGUAAAAUCAUACUUUAACACAAUAUUUGUUGCUCUUGUGCGACCCCUAAUAAACUCAAACACAAAAGAACCCCAACUGUGCAAAAUUACAUAACAUUUGAACAUUUGUGCAUUUUACAAUCAAAAGUAAGAUGACUUAAGCAUGCUGUCAUGUGGCUCGGAAGAAAUUGCAUGUUAAACAGUCAGCUUGUGCGUGUAGUUGUGUUCAGUCAAAGUCCUGUCUCAAUUACUUGAAUACAUUUGUCCAUUGAACGAGUCGCUCGUACCACUAAUGUAAAGCCAACUGUGUUUUGAUUUCACUCAUUUGUGUACCUUAUGUAAAAUUGUUUAUUUUUCUAGACUUGUCUGACAUUUAACAUCCUAGAACAACGACAAGUGUCAAGUCCAAAGUAGGGCCGAGGCCUCUAGAAGCUGAUGCUCUCUUCGUAGACGGACAGCAGCAGGAGGAUGGCCCAACCGCACAGCAGGCCAACGUUCUGCAGGGCGAACACCAGCCACGGCGUCUUGGACUUGAUGUGCAUCAUGGUGGGCAGCUGAAGAGGGGAACAAGACCCAAAAAGUUCGUGGGGCAGCUCGUGGCAGAGGACGGCCAGCGUCGUGGCGAGUCCAGAUUUCCACGAAAGCGAGAAGGCGGCGCCCAUCGCCAGGCCGUCUGCAAAGUUGUGGAUGCCGUCCCCUAUAGUGAUCAUAACCCGGCCGUGGUCGCAGUGGUGAGGUUCAGAUUCAUCCUUGAAGGUUACGAUGCAGUGAUGUAGACGGCUCACCAUGGGCAGCAGAUGCAGCAAGGCGUCCCCCGUGAGCGAGCCCACAGCCAGGCUGAUGCAGAACUGGAUGCACAGCUGGAAGACGCUGGUGCACGACGUGCACAGCAGCAACACGAUCCCGAACAUGGACAUCAACGUGAUGAUCACGUUGGCCAGGGUCGCGUACAGGUGCCGUUCAUUUCAGAAUGCCUGAGUUGCUUGCCGUGAUCGUGAUGCUCGUGUUCGUCGUGCCCGUGGUCGGACUCCAACUCGGGUCCAAUGUCCAGAGAAGCCAUGAGAUCCUCCAAGUCUUCAAGGUGCACGAUGUAAUCCAGGAAGAAACUUUCUUCGGGGAGUGUUUGAAAGCAUCGACCUCGCAGGGCGUGAUACAAGAUCCGGCCCAGAACUGCACCAGCCACUUGGGUCUGCUCCACCUCCAACAUGAUGUCGCUCGAUGUGAUGCAGUUCUGGUUAACGAUGAUUUUGGAAAAAAAAAAAAAAGAUGGAGUGGAAGUGUUCCACCUCCUGCCCCCACCUUCCCUGGUCCGCCGCGGCGCACACCGUGUCAGGAGAGGACAGGUACAGAACGCAGCCAGCAGCGAGGGCGGUGAAUUCCGACGCGUCUACAUUGAGGACUUCCUCGACGCCUGCCUGACGAUGGUCACUGUGAUUGUGGAUCAGCUGGUGAACAGCGUCGAACACCUUCAAGUUCCUGGGAUCCACAACCUCUCGGGACCUGAAAUGCACCGGCAACAUAGACUCUGAAGGCCCAGCAGAGGCUGUACUUUGAGACCGCUUGAGUUCAGCCUGCCACAGGAUCUGCUGAAGACCUUCUAGACUGCCAUCAUACAGUCAUACAUCCUCUGCACCUCCAUCACUGUCUGGUUUGGAUUGGCCACCAAAGACCGACUGCAACGGACAAUCAAGACUGCGGAGAAGAUAAUUGGGACCAACCUCCCAUCUAUCCAAGACUUGUACCUGUCCAGGAUCAGCAAACGUGCAGACCCUUCUCACCCAGGUCAUAGUUUGUUUGAACUACUCCCCUCCGGAUGAUGUUCUAGAGCGCUGUACGUCAAAACCAGCAGACACAAACAGCUUCUUUCCCCAGGAUGUUGCACUGAUGAACUCGCGUCACGCAUGGAGUCCUAGAGACAUCACUGGGCAAUAUUAUCUUCUUGCCACGUAAAUGUUGUUAGUCACUUGAAUGUUGUACAGAGGUUGACAUCUACCAGAGUUAAGCAUGCACAAACUUGGCCGAAAAAGCUCAUUCUGAUGUCAAUUCAGGUACCAAAAUAAAGUUUGAAUCAACAUGUACUU